AACACUCGCAAGACUAUGCUUUUAGGAUACUCCUUUAAGGACUGAAGAGGGAUCAUUUAAUCCUCCUGUCCUGCUCUGUCUGCCCCGGAAUGUGCAUUAUGCUAAUCAUGUGGCAACUUCUUGCAGGGAGAACAGUGGAAGGUGUGAACGGUGUGUGUGGGCGGGGGGUGGGAGGAAAUAUGCUCCCCCUUCCCAGGGGGGAUUCUGCUCCUGCCCUGGGAUGUGGACUGAUCAUUACGCUAAUUAUGUGGCAGCUUCUGGAUGGGAGAACAGUGGAAGGUGUGGAAGGUGUGAAAGGUGUGUGUGGGCGGGGGGUGGGAGGAAAUAUGCUCCCCCUUCCCAGGGGGGAUUGGCAUAAAAAGUCUGAAAAACACUUUUGUGGUCAUUAGCUACAUUAGCUAUAUGAGACAUACAAGAUCCCAGUGGACAACCUGCCAGUUCGUCAUCUGCUCCAAGACCUCUCCAAAAAAAAGAUGCAGAGAAGAUUCACUACUGAGCAGGCUUUGCAAAUGAUUCUGACUGAAACAAGCGCUUUUGACUCUGAUGGAGAGGACAUAGACCUUCAGUCAGAUUCUGACUCGGAGCAGUUUUCGGAGGAAGACGCUCCCCCUCCCCAGAAGAGGACAAAACGGCUGGAUACCGCACUAACGGAGACCGCAAAAGAUGGCACAGUGUGGUGCAAGGAAGAGGUUGGACGACAUCUGAAAUUCGCUCCUAUUGAACCUUACGCUGCAGAAGGAGAGCCAACACAUGAAGCCAGAAUAAGGAUCAAAACUCGCCUUCAAAGCUUCCUCUGUUUUCUCACUCUCCAGAUGCUUCGUACCAUUCAAGCAUGCACAAUUGAGCAUGCAAGGGAAACAGAGACUGUGGAUUGGUUCAUGGCUAUUCCAGAACUAAUGGCUUUCAUUGCAGUUGUCAUCUGGCGAGGGGUGACUAAGGUUCCAUCAUUGUCUGACAACUGGUCAGAGAUGUAUGGAAACAAACGGAUUAUGGAAACAAUGAGUAGCGACCGCUUCAAAGACAUAAUGCAGCACCUACGGUUUGAUAGCAAGAACACACGGGCUGAGCGAGUGCAGACAGACAAGUUUGCAGCUAUUUCCGAAUUAUGGGAAUCAUUUCGACAGAACUGUGUCACAUUCUACAGACCUGGUCGGCACAUCACAAUCGAUGAACAACUUUAUCCAUCAAAGACACGUUGCCCUUUUCUGCAAUAUAUUGCUACAAAACCGGAUAAAUUUGGUAUCAAGUUUUGGGUGGCGUGUGACUUGAAAUCAAAGUAUAUUUGCAAUGUCUUUCCAUAUGUUGGCAAAGAACCUGGCCGUCCCAAAGAGGAGAGACUGUCUGAGAGUGUGGUAAUGAAGUUGAUGGGACCAUUUCUUGAUCAGGGCAGAACUGUCACGACGGACAAUUUUUUCACAUCAAUUUCACUUGCAAGAAAAUUACGCAGCCGGAAAACUACCAUUCUUGGGACACUCAAUAAAAUUCGCAGAGAAAUUCCCCCUUCAGCUCGAGAGAUAAAGCAAAGUGAGUUCAGCACUCAGGUGUUUUCAACAACUGAUGCAACACUGACAGUGUACGCAGCCAGCCGGAAGAAGACAGUCUACGUUAUGAGCAGCAUGCACAGUGUGAUUCAGACUGAGGACAGCCGCAAAAGAAAGCCAAGCACCAUCACCCAGUACAACUCCACUAAAUGCGGUGUGGACGCCAUGGAUCAGAUGGUGCGGCAGUACAGCGUACGGGCAGGAACAAGAAGAUGGCCUGUCAGUGUGUUUUAUAAUAUGGUUGACAUGGCAGCCCUGAAUGCCCAUGUGCUAUAUCAAGCCUGCACAGGAAGGACGGAAAGGCGGCCAGAUUUUCUGAUGCGGCUUGCCUGUGAGUUGGCUGAGUCUUAUGUGACAUCAAAGAAGAUUGGAAAGGAAAACCAUCUUCGCAAACAGGCCGCCACACCAGUGGAACCGGGCAAAAGGCAGAAGUGCCAAGUCCAUCACCGGUGCAAAAAGAACCCUGCUACUGUUCGAUGUGUGCAUUGCUACAAGUUAACGUGUGGCAAAUGCAAAAGAGAAGUGCCAUGGGAGUGCCAGGUCUGCGCAGACCAGUUUUGAAAAAGUUGUGUGAUGACACACACACGGUAAAUGUGUAAAUUGUGUAAAUAUUGUUUGUGCUUUCUACAGUGUUGAUUCAAAAAUAUAAAUAAACUAUUAGAAUAAGCAUU